AUGACGGCCCAGUCCAUCUUCGCCCACGACUUCCUCCGCAAGACCGACGGCGACGGGUCCUCGGUGCUCGAGAUGCGCGAGACCCUCGACGCCCUGCACUCGCUCGUCGAGGCGCUCCGCCACCAGCCCGCGUGCCACGAGCUGACGUACCCGCAGGCGAAACCCGUGGCCAGGCCGGCGUUUGGCGAGUGCGAGAUGCCGCCUGUGCAGUCCGCCGUCAACAUCAUCCGCGAGGCAAAAGCUCAAAAGACGCUGGGCCUCGAGUGGGUGACGACCUUCCUCCACCCGGACCACUUCACGGACCUGGUCCUCAAGGUCUACUUUGCGCCGACAGAGUUCAACGAGGCCGAGUUCAUCAUCGUCAACGCCGGCCUCGAGAGCCUGUACACCGACAUGACGCAGUCCAAGACGGCGACGGCGCAGCUCAGGGAGGAGUGCGUCAAGAUGGGCACCCUCUGUCGGGGGAACCUCCAGACCGCCCUCGCCAAUCUGCCUCUGCACCUCCCGGCCACGAUGGACAUGAUUGUAGCCCUCUUGUUUGGCUACCACCGCGCAGCAUCAUCCUCCUCCUCCUCCUCCUCCUCCUCCCUCUCCAUAAGCGGAACCGGCACGGGGCCAUGCAACACCACCACGACCACCGGCCCCAGCACCACGAACCCAGACGACGAGGAAUACAAAAUCUUUCUCUUCUGGUCCGUCUACUUCAUCGACAAGUCCCUCUCCCUCCGCCUCGGCCGCCCCUCGACGAUCCAGGACUACGACGUCACGGCCCCCUACCCCUCGAGCGCCAGCAAGAUGCACGGCGCCCUCAUGAGCUAUUUCUCCCCGAGGCGAUUGCUGAGGCUAUCGCUGCUGACAAUCAUCUACCGCGCCGUCCCCUCGCCCCCCGGCUCCGCGACGACUUUCGGAACAGAGUGCAUCAACGCCGCGAGGGCGACGCUGCAGCGGCACGAGGAUUGCAUGGCCAUCAUGGCGAAGGGCGCAUACUACCUGUUUCCCAUGUACAUGAACUGGACCAUCCUCUUCUCCCCCUUUGUCCCCUUCAUUGUAAUCUUCUGCCAGGUGAUGGAAACAAGCGACACCUCGGACCUCGCCCGGCUCCAGGGGUUCGUCACCUCGAUCCAGGGCGCAAAGGCGUUCACCGAGGCGUCGGCGCGGCUGUACCGCCUCUUUCAGGUUCUGUAUAACGUCGCGUUCCGGUACGUUGAGAUGCGGAACAGCGGCAGCAACAGCAACGACAACAGCGCGCAGCAGCAGUCGGAGGAGCAGGGCCAGGAGAUGGAUAAGUAUCUCACGGCGCUCGGGUUCCCGCCGGCGUCUGGGCAUCCGCAGUCGUCGUCGUCGUCGUCGUCGUCGUCGUCGUCGUCGGAAGUGGGGCCUGCGUCGGAGCAGAUGUCGGGGAUGACUAGCGGAGAGGAUGGUAUGAACGGUGCCGGGGCCGGAUCCGGUGCGCUGAACCAGAUGAUGUGGAUGGGGAACGCGGCGCAGUUGGAGGUUUGGUUUUAUAGUAACCAGCAGAUGAUGGGACUUGUCGAGGAUGAUGACUCGUUUUUGCAGUGA